AUGAACACAUGCAGAUAUGUAAUAUCGUGCAGCAAAGGUAUGCUUGGCUCAAUUAACCUUCCAAAUAUUGUUGUAAUUGCAGAAAACUGAGAUCUCAGAACCUUAUGAAUUGCUGAGUGUAGUAGGAUUCUGAAUGAUGAAGGCUUUGAAAGCCUAAUAAGACAGCCAGUUGUGGGUAUAGGAAUUGCCCGAGGAUGGCGCUAUCUUGCGCCAUCCUCGGGCAAUUGAAAAAAUGGCCCCACACUGGGAAUUUGAACCCACGUGUGGGGCCAUUUUUGGUGCGUGGAAGUCGAUGUUCUACACACACCAAAAAAUGGCCCCACACGUGGGUUCAAUUCCCAGUGUGGGACCAUUUUUGAAUUGCCCGAGGAUGGCGCAAGAUAGCGCCAUCCUCGGGCAAUUAGUAUGUAAAAAUUGGCGAUUGGAUCGAGAUCGAAACAGAUGAGCGAUGAAUGCAAAAGCAUAGAAAUUUCAGUGAAUCAAUUGAAGAAAACAUACAAAAGACGUGGGAUAAUCCUGAUUGUUGUGGCACCUUUGGAAUUGAGGAGCUUAGGACUGGAGACUGUCACAAUCUAAUUUUUUAUUCAGGGAAAAAACUAACUCCACAUAACUGAUUUAAUUUAAUUUAGAUAAUCGAUAAGCCUUAUAAAAGGAAAAAUUUAGCUUAUUAUUAUUUUGCUACUUAUUGAUAUGACUUUAGUUAAUAAUCUAUCCAGAGUAAGGGAUUUAGAAGUAUCAAACGCAGCCAUACUCUCAGGCUCAUUCAGGCCCCUUCAUCAUGGCCAUAUAAAUCUAUAUCUUAUUAAAUAAAUCUGUGUAUAUGCUAAAUAUUAUUAUAAUUCUAUUUAAUUUAUAUGAAAAUAUCAUAAAAAACUCAGCCAAAAUAGAAUAUUAAAGAAAGCUUCAGAGUUUUUGCACUCCAAGCAUGCACUUUUCGAGCUCACUAUUCAGCAUCCUGACAAAGGAAUUGUAACUGAAGAAGAUUUAACAGCUAGAUUAAAAGAUUUCUCCCAACCAAUUAUGAUUACAAACCGAUCUCUAUAUGUAAAUAAAUCAAUGCUAUUUAAAAACAGUACCUUUAUCGUUGGGUACGAUACAAUUGUCAGGAUCCUUAAUCCUAUAUAUUAUAGUGAUGCUAAUAGCUUGAUGAUCGCUAUGGGGGAAAUUAAGCUGCAUGGGAACAAGUUUUUGGUAGCUGGAAGAGUUGUUGAUGAGGAAUAUAGAGAACUGAGGGUUGAUGAGGUUCCUGACGUGCUAAGAGGGUUGAUUAUACCUUUACCAAAUUUCAGAGAAGAUGUGAGCUCAACUGAAAUCAGAAAUAAAAUGCUAACUGCAGAUAAGUAA